AUGAAUUUAAUUAAAAAUAAGAAUUCAACACAACAAAAACCAAGUUUAUCAUUUAUAUAGCAAAUUUUCAAUAAAAAAAAACUUGAAGUAGUAGCUACUAAUUUAUUUUGCACAAGUAAGGAAGAAUACGGUGAUGAAAUAAGAAAAUAACUUGUCAGUCCAAGGGAGAGAUUAAUAACAAGAGAAAAAUAAAGUACUAGAUAAAAUACAAUGAGAUCACAUUCUUCUUUAUAAAUUAAUGAUUUGAUUGAGUGCAACUUAAUAAAAUAAAAAGCAUAAAUAAGACUGAAAAGCCCAUAUAAAUUUAGUAGAGCAAAAGCGUUACAAUUAAUUAGAGAUAGAUAAAAAUCGCCUUUCCUUAUAGUAAAGCAACGAACUCUUCCUGUUUAUUCAAUAUCUGCAAUCUAAACUACAAGAUUGAAAUAUAUAUGA